AUGCGCUUCGAUGAUGUUGCUUGGGCGCAAAGUGAAACUAUCUCAGAUGCCUUGGUGGAAGAGCUAUUAGAAGAAGAUACUCUGAGGGCGAUCGGCAAUUUUAUCGUCAAGCAUCGAAAGGGAGUCCCACUUGAAUUAUGCCAACCUCGAGCAGGGGCAUUCAAUGUAUCCUUUCGGAUGAAGUUUGAGGAUGGUGGCUCAGCACUGAUCCGCUUCCCCAAACCCGAAGCCACCAUGUUUCCUGAGGAAAAGAUGAAAAGAGAAGUGACUAUGAUCAGGUAUAUUCAGGAGUAUACGUCGAUCCCGUACCAUUCAUCUUACAUUGGGGAACAAAGAAUGAUAAUCGUCCUAUUCUCGAUCCAUCUAUCGACAUCGAAAAGCUGGAAAUGCUCUACGGACAGCUGGCAGACAUUCUACUCCAGCUGUCACAGUUAUCACUGCCACGGAUCGGCUCUCUUGGCUCAGAUCGAUGACUUCACAUGGGAAGUCAGAGACCGGCCGCUAUCAAUCGGGAUGAAUGAGCCUGCGCUAGACUCCGCAGAAGAUUGUCGGCGGAUACUUGUCGCCAGACAGCUUUUCUCCAAGCUUGCCAGAGAGGGUCGACUGACCCAUUCUACAAAUGACCAUGGACCCUUCAAGAUAUGGUGUGACGAUCUUCGGCCCUCGAAUGUAUUGGAAUUCACAUACGCAGCACCGGUUGAGUUUUCUCACGCACCUCCAUGGUGGUUGCUUCUCGAACAGCCCGAGUACUGGCCAGAUGGGAUAGAGGCUUGGACAAAGGCAUUUGAAACUCGUCUACAAACAUUCCUUAAAGUUCAGACCGAACGCGAGGAAACAGCUAUGCAACGGGGCAGGUUAAGACUGGAACAGAGACUCUCUGGUCCCAUGAGACAGAGCUGGGUAAAUGGCGACUGUUGGAGUGAGGAAGAGCGUCAGUAUAUAGAACAAGUUGUGAGCCAAAAGCUCGAGCAGAUAAAAACUAGGGCUCUAGCAUGGGGACCAGAGGAAGUGGAUACGGCCGAAGCCCGCCAUUCCGUUGUUUAA